AUGGGUUCGGUGCACAGCGAGGUUCCCACAGUUUCAGACGCAACAACUAUGAACCCAACUUCAGGGCUCGGGGGAGGAGCUCGCGAGGAUUAUAUUGCCAACAGCCCUUCAACCCAGCAACAUCCAGUUAAAGCAGCAAGGUAUGUAUGUGAGUUCUUUCCCUUUAGCAGGGCGUGUAAAGCAUUAUUCCCAAAACUGGGCAUUGAUAAGCAACGACCCAUUGGGUUAUAGAGACAGGUCAGGGAUAUCAUAUCGAUCUUUUGUAGGUUCCGUUUCAGCAUGCCCUGUCCUUGCUACGUGUUCACAACAGAGAGCAGAGUGCUCUAAUCGACUUAGAGGUCAAUCAAAUGCCCGAGAAAGCAAAAGUCCACCCACUUCGGUUUAUUUGGAAGGAAACAAUGUACGAGUUUGCAUGCCUACCCUUCGGACUGUCAAGUGCCCCUCGGGUGUUCACAAAGUUAAUGAAACCUGUGGUUGCCCAAUUAAGGAAACAGGGUAUUCGUCUUAUUAUAUACCUGGACGACAUACUUAUUAUGGCCGAGAAAGAAACCCUAGCCAAUCAACAUGCACAGACAACUUGCAAUCUUCUGGAGGCUCUAGGGUUUGUGAUAGACUAUCAGAAAUCCAACCUCAUCCCAUCCAAAAAGAUGGAAUUUCUGGGAUUUUUAGUCGAUUCCCAAGCACUGACCCUUGCUCUUCCUCGCGACAAAAUUCGAAGAGUAAAGAAAGAGUGUCAGAAUCUCCUGGAUUUGCAGGUUGUCGCGGUGCGAGAACUGAUCCAGGCUGUCUUUCCAGCCCCCCUACACUUCCGCCACUUACAGGAAUGCAAACCCCUUCAAGUUGACCCCUUCAAGUUGACCAUACAGGCCAAAGAGGAGCUGGUGUGGUGGAGAGACAACCUGGAUGCUUGGAAUGGAAAAGCCUUGGUUUCAGGGAGUCCAGACCUGGUUAUAGAGACCGACGCAUCCCAAAAGGGUGGGAAGCAGUUUGCAUGGGAACGUCCACAGGGGGGGAGUGGUCCCAAGCAGAAUCCUCUCUCCACAUCAAUUGUUUGGAGCUUCUGGCCGGGGCCUUUGCUGUGAAAACAUUUACCAAAGGCAAGGCCAGGAUGACUGUUCGUUUGCUGAUGGACAAUGUGUCCGCAGCUGCACACUACAUAAACAAGAUGGGGGGUCCAAAUCCCCAGUUUUAGCUCGACCAGUACUCGACCUUUGAGAUUGGUGCAUACAGCACGAAAUCCUUGUAGACGCCGAAUAUCUCCCAGGAGUGCUAAAUGUUCGGGCAGACAGGGAGUCCAGAGUAAUGUUGGAUCGUCACGAUUGGAAGCUAGACCCCCAGGUGUUUUCCACAAUAAAUCAGUUGUGGGGCCCACUAGAGGUAGACCUCUUUGCUUCCCGGUUGAUAACCCAGCUCCCAAGAUUUUACAGCUGGAGACCCGACCCACAGGCAGAUGCCUCAGAUGCAUUUACCCAGGACUGGAGCAAGGUGAAGGGAUAUGCCUUCCCUCCAUUUGCUCUAGUGGGCAGAUGCCUCAAGAAACUUUUAGACCAGAGUGUCCCGUUUCUAGUACUGAUUGCACCUCUUUGGCAAUCCCAGCCGUGGUGGUAUCCACUUCUCCUACAGAGUUGUAUAGCGGCACCAAUUCUACUGCCCCACUAUCAAGGCCUCUUAACACGCCAGAUGGAGAUGCAUCCAUUAGACAAUCUCCAGCUAGCAGGUUGGCUGCCAUCAGCCAAUCAUACACUCAAGCAGACUUUUCACAACCAGCUCAAGAAUUGUUGUUGGCAGCAUGGCGCAAAGGCACAGCAACUACCUAUGCUUCUGCUUGGAGAAAGUGGGAUAGCUGAUGUGGUGGGCGGCAAAUUAGUUCAGUUCAUGCCCCAAUAGAAGCAAUUCUUGAGUUUUUAACAACAGAAUAUAACUCGGGUAAAGCGUACAGAACCUUAAACGUUUAUAGGUCGGCUAUAUCCAGCACCCAUGCUCACAUUGAUUUUGUGCGAGUGGGUGAGCACCCUUUAGUAGUUCAGCUAUUAAAAGGUGCAUAUAACUUGCGACCACCCCUGCCAAGGUACUCCAGCAUGUGGGAUGUUGGAGCUGUGUUGUCCUUUAUAGAAUCCAAAGGUACAAAUAACAACUUGACACUUAAGGGAUUUAUCAUAAAAGUUAGGCAUGCUUCUUGCUUUCACUGCAAUUGAAAGGGUCUCAGAGGUCAUUGCUCAUGACCUGCGAUAUCGCCAUUACUCACAGCAUGGAGUAAUGUUCCAUCUACCGGAACUUACUAAAAACUCUAAAGUUGGGUCAACGCUAAAAUCAUCGUUUCAUGCUAGUUUUCCCAGCAAUCCUAAGCUGUGUGUUAUCGAGUGUUUGAGAGAAUAUGAAAAACGAACAUCGGGCUUUCGCCCUAAAGAUCCUUCUAUGCCUAACAAACUGCUGCUGUCGCAUAUAAAACCCCACAAACCGAUCUCUUCGGCGACUUUGGGUAGGUGGUUGAAGGAUAUAAUUUCCAGGGCUGGUAUUGACACUGAUAUAUUUAAAGCCCAUUCUGUUAGAGGAGCUGCAGCUACGUCCUCCUUUAACAUAGGGAUCCCUCUUCAAGAUAUUCUAAAAUUGGCUGAUUGGUCUACUGAUUCUACAUUUAGACGUUUUUAUUACAAACCGACUAUCAACCAUUAGUGGCUCGAUCUCUACUAAUGAACACGAGUUAUUGUUGCUUUAAUAUAUGAAGCGACUGUUUCGAAGUAUAAUCACAGAUUAUACAAGGGCUGCUUGCUGCCUGAAGUAUAAGAUGGAUUAUACGAGAGUAAAGGAGACGAACAUAACAAUUUAUGUCCCUCCCUCCUCGCCCAGAGUAUAAAGAGAAACUCGUGUUCAUGUUGCAGGGAUUUGUUUAUGUUUACAUUUGUGUUUGUGUAUGCACUUUCUUCCUUUACAGUGACAUCCUGAAGACGCUUGUUUGGUGUUUUGUUCAUAAUAAAAUGGCAAAGAAGAAAUGGACGCGCAGAGACUUAUGGGAGUGUUAAAGUUUAUGUUAAUUUAUGUUAAUUUAGUUAAAUCGCUGUAUUUUAAGUAGUUUGGAGCGAAAUAAAGUUGGUUAGACAUUGUUAUAUGAGGCGACUGUUUCGAAGUAUAAUCCAUCUUAUACUUCAGGUCGCAAGCGGCCCUUGCGUAAUCUGUGAUUAAAUUUUAUAUCCAACAUGGUUUUCUUUGUGCCAUAGCGACGUCUUCCGUAUGGGAAGUAAUACGAUCGCACUUGACACUAUAUAUACAGCAGCCAGGAUAUACGGGGGCAUAUACAUUGAUUUGAUUGUACAAGGUCAAUGGAAAAGACAUGAUCCGGCUUUUAAGACCACAAAUAAUAUAAUCUUUUCCUUAUAUAGUAAACUUCGUUGAAAUAUAAAUUAGAUAUACUCCUACACACAAUCACAAGACAAGUCGUGCACGAUCUCGUGCACGAAAUGUAUUAUUUUUAUACAUGUUCAAGAUUAGUAUAGAAUUUACAGAUUCGUCAUAGGGUUAGGGCUGUAUCCGAAAAAUUUGAUUGCAGUUCAUAUCUGCAGUCGUUACCAUUUUUACCCGCCACACCAAACUAAGUGUUCGACAGAAAUUAAAAACUGAAACAAAAAUACGGCAGUUGUCAUGGAAGAGAAGAAAAUUUCAAAUUUGGCUUCUCCAAGCAGCCUAUAUACCGUAUAGUUGGCUAUCAAUUACAUACGUAAAAAUCUCACCGUUUGUCAACAAGGUGUGUUUGUAUUGCUUUUUCCCAGUUGACAA